AUGCUGGGUGGGUCCCAAGGGGACAUUGUUGAGGGGGCUGGAGGGGGCUGUGCCAGUCUCUGCAGUCUGUACCUCUCUCCCUCAGGCUGGCCCCGCUAUUCCAUCAUUGGGGACCCGGCUGCCGGGCAGCACAACCUGAGGAUCGAAUCUGCUGACCUGGGUGACGAUGCCGCGUACGAGUGCCAGGCAACGCAGGCGGCCCUGCGCUCCCAGCGUGCCCAGCUCACUGUGCUCCUGCCCCCCAAUGACCCUGUGAUCCAGAAUGGCCCCAUCGUCCGGGUCCAGGCCAGUGUGCCCUACAACCUGACCUGCCAAGUGUCGGGCGCCAAGCCCGCCCCUGAGAUUAGCUGGUAUCGUGAUGGGCAGAUGCAGGAUUCAGCCCUCUACGCCAAGGCCCUGAUGGAGGAUGGAAAGCGGGCAAUGGCCGUCAGCACCCUGCUCCUCACGCCCAGCACCCGGGACAUGGGCAGCACCUACACCUGCCGCGUCGCCAACCCAGCCGCACCCGCCGGCAAGCAGACCUCCGUCAGCCUCGACGUGCUGUCUAAGGACCCAAGUGAGGCUCAUGCCCUGCAUCUGUCUGUCCAUCCAACAGCCAAACGAGGCACCAAGCUCUCCAAGACGGACAUCCUGGUGCAAAUCACCACAAGCGACAGCAGCCCUACCCGGCCCAGUGACACAGAGAAUGACGUCAAGGAGCCCAUGGCCACGAGCAGCGAGUCCCCGGCCACGUCGCACACGGAGCACAGCGAGAUCCUGGAGGAGGAAGAGGGCAGCCAGGACAUCAAGGACCCCACCAACGGUUACUACAAGGUCCGCGCUCACGAGGAGCCUCACCUGCCUGGCAGUUUCUCAGAGUAUGCCUCAGCCUCCCGCUCGCUCUACGCCGGGCCCCACACCACCAUGUUUCCCCCGUCAGCACAGCCCUACGGCCACCACUAUACCCUGGGGGCGCCCAGCUCCCGUACGGCCUACGAGCCCCACUACCAACAGGAUGGGGUGUAUGGAGGGGGCUACCUCACGGCCCCCUACACCCGGGCCUUCACCAGCUAUGUCAAGCCCAGUGCCUAUGAGAAGGGAGACAGCAGCUAUGAACAGUCGGACCAGGCCAGCAAGGUGUCAGGUGGCUCUCGCUUCUCCUACACCUCCCUCUCGCAACAGUCGGACUACGGGCGGCCUGCCCAGCAGCGCAUGCAGACACACGUGUGACUCCCCCAAAUACACAACAAGACGUUGAGGGACAGAGGCCCAGGGCCACCCCUAUUGGCCGAUGGAUCAAUGGAGGUUCAGCUUAGCCAAGUGUCUCAAAAUGGACGACAGGCCAGCUGACUUGUGCUGCUGGAGGUGGAGAUGAGCAGCCAUUGGCUAGGGGAAGGGAUUCAAAAUGGCCGACAAACUGGGUUCAAAAUGACUGACUCCCCGCUUGACUUUUGUUCCUAGAAGCAGGGAUGAGUGGCUAUCGGCUCAGCACAUGGGUUCACAAUGGCUGAGGAGGGGGUGUUCAAAAUGGCUGACAAUCCUGUGGAGUUUCUCUGUUGGCCCCAGGGAUGGAUCUGCCCUGAAUUGAGGGGGGGGACGUCCCGAGGUUGGUUACAACAACAGCCGUUGAAAAUGGGUUCAAAAUGGCCACCACGUUGGGUUCAAAAAGGCUGACGGCCCAGCUGACUGCGUUGGUUGGGCUUGGUGAUGAAUCCCAGUGACGGGACUGCCAGGGUGGAUACAAAAUGGCCACCAAGAUGGGCUCAAAAUGGCCAGCGGCCCAAUCAGCUUCCUCCAGAGAAGAAUGGAUGCUGCAUUUCUGAGCCAAUUCCGUCAAGCUGCUGGCCCAGAACUGCCAGACCUGGAUGUAAGAUGGCGGCCGCAAGGCCAAGGUGGUGGUUGAUUCUAGGCCACUCUGGGCGGCGUUGUACGCCCGGUCCAAAGGGCCAGAGUAGCAGGCUCUGGGGAGGGGGCAGUGGAGGUGAGCAUGAAUCCCCUCAGAUGGCAGCACCUUCCCCCACACCGAGCGGGGGGCUGGGUUUGCUGCCUUCUCCCCUGCACCACCCUCUGCUGGAGGGGGCUGCUAACAGCCCAUGGAUGAUAAGGGCAGCUUCAGGCUCUCUGAACGCCUGGCACAGGCUCUCUGCAAACUCAGGCAUAUCCGGGGGGGGGCUGGGUCGGGGGCAGG